AUGAAGAAUUACCUGUACUUUUACGCCGCAUCUCUAGCAAGAGUAGCGUUGGCAUCGGAAUCCCAACAACCCUUGAUUGGAGAAGUGAUCGACAAGAACCUGCAAUCUCCAACUGUGAAUUUAAAAAGAAUUAUCGACGAAUCUCCUCUCUUAUCAUUCCACAGAGACAUUGUGCAAAUCCCAUCAAUCAGCGAAGAUGAGAAAAGCGUUGGGAAUUUCCUCUUGGACUUCCUCCGCUCCCACAACCUGACCGUCGAGAAACAAAUUAUCCCUCCGGGGAGUGCCACUGAGCAAGAAAGAUUUAAUCUUUACGCCUACACCGGGAGAGACAGGUUCCCCGAGCUGCUGCUGACCAGCCACAUCGAUACCGUCCCACCCUUCAUUCCUUACUCUCUGCAUCCACCAGCCUCAGACAAAUCAGGGGAUCUGACAUUCAAUCGAUCAGACCUGAUCAUCGCUGGGCGCGGCACGGUGGAUGCCAAAGCUAGCGUCGCAGCCAUACUAUUCGCUGCACUGGAAACACUAGAUGCCAACCCGGAUGCCUCAAUCGGGCUGUUAUUCGACGUCGGCGAGGAGAAAAGCGGCGUUGGAAUGAAACAUUUCUCAAACUCCGGUCUCAACCCAGCACCGCCUAAAUUCCACACAGUCAUAUUCGGAGAGCCGACAGAGCUCAAGCUGGUCGCGGGCCAUAAAGGCACUCUCGGGCUCAAGGUCGUCGCUGAAGGAAAAGCCGCGCAUUCAGGGUACCCGUGGCUCGGGAAAAGCGCGGUCUCCUCGAUUCUUCCUGUUUUGUCUUACCUCGAUACCCUGCAAGAUGUCCUGCCUGAGAAAGGUGGACUUCUUCGUAGUGAGAAGUUUGGUCAGUCGACCUUGAACAUUGGGGUCGUGCGCGCUGGUUUGGCCGGUAAUGUCGUUCCGGCAUAUGCCGAGGCAACAAUUUCUGUCCGUCUUGCCGCUGGAAAUCCGGAUGACACGCGAGAGAUUGUGCGGAAGGCGGUCGAAUAUGUGACUGGUGGUGAUGGGAGCGUCUAUCUUGACUUUGGGGACGUCGAGAACGGCGCUCCGCCCCAAUAUCUUGAUUUUGACGUCGAUGGGUUUGAUGUGAUUACUGUGAACUACGGGACUGAUAUUCCUUCCUUGAAGAUCGAUACUCAAGGAGGUCCAAAAGUGAAGCGGUAUCUCUACGGACCGGGUAGUAUUCAUGUUGCCCAUGGCGAUGACGAGGCAAUAACCGUGGGAGAGCUUGAAGAAGCGGUGCAAGGAUACAAAAAGUUGAUCUCGGCUGCGCUGGUUGCCCACUAG